GAAACAUAUGUGAAUGUAAACAUUCGCGCACGUGUGACAACCGUAUGAGACUGGUCCAAGCUGGUCGGCUUAUUAUAUUUUUGAUUUAUUUGGAUGUUAUUCGGUUGCUGCUGUUGAGACCAUGGACUUGCUACCAAAAUCUGCUCAAGAAUUUAAUGAGAAACAGUAUUGGGAGACGUUCUUUGCCAAACGAGGAACAGAAGCAUUUGAAUGGUAUGGAGAGUAUCCUCAGCUGUGUGAAGUACUCAACAAAUAUGUGAGAACCAAGGAUCACAUUUUAGUCGCAGGCUGUGGAAACUCUACUUUGAGUGCUGACAUGUGGAAUGUUGGCUACAAGUCAAUGGUCUCUGUGGACAUCAGUGAUGUGGUGGUGCGCCAGAUGCAGCAGAAGCACGCUGCAGCAGGCAUGACCUUCACAAAGAUGGAUCUGAUGAAGCUGGAGUUUCCAGACAAGGAGUUUACCUGUGUGCUGGACAAGGGAACCCUGGAUGCUGUCUACACCCACGAUGACCAGGAGACAGCUGAGAAGGUUGAGACAAUGUUCAAGGAGAUCGGGCGCGUGCUCCGUGUCGGCGGCCGGUACGUCUGUGUUUCGCUGCUCCAGGGCCACAUCCUGGACAAACUGCUGCAGUGGUUCCCCCAACAGGGGUGGAUGGUGCGCAUAUGCAGGUGUAAGGGAGCCGAAAAUACCAACUCCGGAGGAAUCCCGUUUCCCGUUUUUGUCGUCGUUUGCACCAAGUUCGAGCUGAAGCCAGGCAGCCCGCCAAUGAACGUGCUGGAGGUGACGCUGCAGGGUGAGAAGCCGCGCCGCCUGCCGUCAGCGGCGGCCGUCCGCCAGGCUGUGACGUCACUGCAGCAGUUCGCCUUCACACGUCACGGCCUGACGUCACCGGGCAGCGGCGAGGACCUGCGACUGGAGCUCUGCGACCCGGACACAGACAGCACGCGCUUCGUGCUCUUCGUGGUCGACCGGUGGCGCAAGAAGACCAAGAAAGCGUUUGCGAUAUUUAUUGUGCCCCAGGGAAGGGAGACGGAGUGGCUGUUUGGCUCGCCGGCCGGUCGCCGUCAGCUGGCAGAGACAGCCGGCCACGACCGGCUGGUGGUGGUACACCUGCCGGCGCGCGACCAUCAGUACGGUGACCUGGAGCAGGUCAAGGCCGAGCUGUCUGAGAGCGUGAUGCAGCUGCGGCCCGGACACCUCAGGGACGAUGUGCAGGUACCGUUUCUGACGUGCGGGGGUGACCUGGGCCGGCGCGAGCUGCGACACCGCGGUACCAGUGCCCUCUCUGGGCAGUACGUGGUCGAGGACGUUCACCUAGAGGAAGGAGAGUCGGUCCGGAGGCUCGUCUUCCUAGCUAACGUCAAUGUCAUCCAGUCGGAGGCGCGUCUGAAGAGAGUGUCUGUGAAGGGCCAGCCGGCCGCCCUGGAGGCGGACGGAGGCCACCUCUCGUGCUGCCAUCACCGGUACAUGGCUGCUGGCGUGGCGCUGGUGACCGAGCCGGCCGCUCCCGCCCCCGCCCCCGCCCGGGUGCUGGUCGUCGGACUGGGCGGCGGCGGGCUGUCCAGGUUCAUACACGACAAGUUCCCGAAGGCCUCAGUUGACGUGGUGGACAUCGACCCAGAGGUGGUGACGGUGGCCAAGGACUGGUUUGGCUUCACAGAGGACGCCAGACUCAGAGCGCACGUGGCUGAUGGACUGCAGUUUAUCCGAGACUGCAAGGCCAAGGGUCAGCAAUACUCGGUGAUUAUGUUUGACGUUGACUGCAAGGACCCCAGUCUGGGUAUGAGCUGUCCGCCGGCUCCGUUCGUCGAGCUGGAGCUGCUCAGAGACGUCCGGGACUGCCUGACAGAGGACGGAGUCUUCAUCCUGAACCUGGUGGCUCGGGACGCGGCGCUCGGUGACCAGGUACGAGCCGAUCUCAAAUCGACAUUCGCCGCCUGCGUGACCUACUCAGUACCCGAGGAAGUCAACGAGGUGGUGUUCUGCCUGCGGCACCGGCCCGACAACGACCCCUGUGAGCGGAUCCGAGCCGCGGCGGCCGCCCUGAACUCUGCGCUCAGUCGCAAGCAGAAGGGUAAGCCGCGCCAGAGCUUUAUGGACAUGUCCGCGUUCGCGCAGGAGCUGAAGAGUUUGUAGCGAUUGGUGGGUACUGUGCGUUAUUGGUGUGUGAUGCUGGUGCAGAUGAUAUACUGCUGUGAACGCUGGUAGGACUUUGACGGUUUUAAUACAUAAUGAAGGCAUGUUGAUGUGACACUGCGAAAAAGCGGUUGUGAAUUGGUUGUGUCGUUAACGAGUUACGCACUGAAUUGAUUCAAUUCGCCUUAGUUUGAGAAGUGAAGUGUUCAUAAUUCACGGUAUUAUCGUGGAUUAAGUUUAUUUCAUACCCACUUGCAAACUAAGCAUUCGCAAAAUAGAUUCAUCCAACGUU